AGGUUCCUUGAAUCCUCCCUGCCUCUGUGUCCCCAGUAGGAGGUUUUGGGUUUCACUUCAAUUGUUGAUCGGCUUGGAAGAGUGGGACAGAUACUAAAAACACGCUGAGCCAUAAUUAUGUCGAAAGACAUCCACGACUCCCUAAGUAGAACUACCCCUUUUAAACAAUUAAAGUACUGUACUGCUAACGUAACUAUCACAUUAAUUACACUUGUGCCGGAACACCAUGAUCAGUAUGCGUGCAAAUAAGUUGAGACCUGUUGCAACUGUGCACACAUUUAAAAUGAAAUGCAACCGCCUUGCCAGACUAAGUAUUCAGUUGAGCGGCGUGCGCGUAAAAUGAAUACACGUGAACAGUAAAACUAUGCCAUCAUUGCCACCUGCAUACUUUGAACCCAUGUUUACACGCACACCGACGGUGUUAUCACUGUAACUGUGUUCGUUGGGGGUGGAUAAGUGUUGUUUACAAUUGGCUUAGGCCACGGGGAGUGUUGCUGCAUCGCCAUGACUCUAUAACCAUCCCUUUGACAGUACUCAGACUUCAUUUGGUCAACCCGGUCGCCAGUGCUAGUCAGUUUGUCCUCGUAAUGCUGCGUUCUCAUACAACUUAGUAAGCCAUUCGAGCGUGCAGCCUUACAUAUAGUAGACACCCGGGUGUUGGGUUACCUGUCUUACACAGAGAGAGGAGCUUUCGAUCUGAAGCAAUGCUGACAAAUACCAAUGAAGCGAGAAGGGAAAAUGGCAAGGCCAGUCUGUCUGUGCUAUUGCUUGGACUCUUUCUCACGAUUUCAGGGCUCAUAAUCACCCUUAUUAGAUGGUUUACCUGGUCAACAGGGAUAGGAGUUGCUCUGAUAGCCAUUGGGCUGAUGUGCGCUUUCCUGGGAGCCUGGAGGAUGUACCACUACAGGUGUGUGCAGGUCAACCAAGACGAGAGGCAAGGGGAGUCCACCGUGUACACCGUCAGCCCCUACGCAAGGAGCACACUGCCACCGCCCGCGUACGCUGCCUACGCCUAUGACAAUUCCGCUGCCCUGCCAGGCACAGAUGAUGACAGGCACCACUUUACAGGGCCUGCCUAUCUUCCACCUCCACUAUACAAUGGAGCGGCUAGCCAUAGUGGAAUAGUCAGCACACCUGGGCUGAUGCCGUACCACGCUGUGAACGUUACGUGGACAGAGGCUGCCCUUCAAGUGCCACCGCCCUCCUACGAGGAGGCCAUCAGCCAUCCCAGCACGUUGGUCUACCAGACGGAAGAUCUCGCUGCCGCACAAGAGCAGCCUAAGGAUGAAGACAUCCCCAAUAACCGGUCGCAAGAAUCGGGCCAGGGGACAAUCGAAUCGUAGCAGGAAAUUAUAAUUGUAAAUUUGUAUCAAUGAAACUGCGUAAUUUUGUACAGGAGAUAUUAUCAGUCGUGAACAUUUUUGUAACCAGUUUUGUCUUCUGUAAGAGGUAGGCAAAAGGCAUGUACUUUGAAAUAAAUGCAGUGUAGUGAUCAUUCAAUAGCACGCUCACGGUCUCCACCGCAUUUUAAAAAGUAAGUACAAAAUGUGCUAUCAGCAUCUUGUCUCGAGAUAAGAAGAGCUCUAUUCAGAAGCCUAGCAGCUAGCGGUGCAUCACCCUGCAGAAAGCGGCAAUGGAAGAUGACGUCGCAGAACUACGUUUGAGCUCACUUCAAUGGGCUUCUUGAUCUAUGUUGGGGACGGUACCUUAUAGAGAGCGCUAUCAGCCGAUGAAGAAAAAGGUUCAAAUGAAUGAUCAAGACUAGAAAUGACGUGCGGUCAUUGUUGACCAGGCCGCGACAAUGAUAUAACUUCAUUUAAGUAGUUACCUUCAACCAGUUCUAUAUGCAGAUUAUCUGCUUAACGGGCGGUAUGAACCCAUUACCACAACAAACACACACCCGCCAGUCGCCACUAAGUGACGGUGACGUCACCACAGCGC